AUGACUGAUCAAAUUCAUUCCCAGCACCAGAGUCGGUGGGAGCAGCCGGACCAACCGGGUCUCGAGGCGGCGCCCCCAAAUCCGAUCCGAUACUCCACAGCGCCGAUCCCGUACAACCCCCCGAGCGAAGUCCGGAGUACUGGCGAAAAGACAGUAUGGUCCACAACCCAGCCGUACCCGGCCCAGCCACCUCCGCAAUCCGGCAGACGUCGUAUUCUCGGCCUUACCGUGCCCGUCUUCUGGGGCAUCGUCAUCGCGCUCGUCCUCGUCCUUGCCGGAGGAAUCGCCGGCGGUGUCGCCGGCGGCUUGGCGGCCCAGAAAAGCAACAGCCCAUCGACACCUACGUCGCCGUCGGACAUAGCAGCAACGAUCGGUCCCGAAUCGACGACAUCCACGGCAUCCACGACGAGAUCCCGAUCCUCCGCGACCACCGCGGCGUCGUCCACGUCCCGCGCGGCGGCACCCUCCGGCGUCCGCGCCGCCCCGACCGACGGCGGCUGCCCCAGCAUCAACCAGACCGCCUACACGCCCACCGAUGCCAACGGCGACGCUAUGCGCGUCGGCUCCGGCUCGGCCCAGACCUUCCAGCAGCUCUGCGAGGUCAACUACCCCUCCGGCGCCGCCUGGGGCAACCCGGCGCUCUACGACAUCCUCAAGGUCUACGUGCCCGCCUUCGAGGACUGCAUGGCCCUGUGCGCCGCCCACAACCAGGCCUACAACAGGAACCUCGCCAACGGCGCCGUCGUCAGCGCCGGCGGCUACUGCCGCUCUGUCGCCAUGAUCAAGCUGCCCGGGGAGUACUGCUACCUGAAGAACGGGACCGGCAAGAUGGACACGCAGGGGCACCCAAAGGACUUCAUCAGCGCCGUCGUCAUCUCCGGUCUGCCGGUUGCGUGA